GAUGAGUGAAGAAAGGAAAAACACGAAAAGCGAAAAUUUAAAAUAAAAGCGGGAGAGCACGUGACCAAUUCCGCCAAGCCAAUAAUCAUCCGCGAUAUCAAACAUCUUAUACACUUCAAUUCUCAAGCUCAACAGCGACAGCGACAUGAAACGCAAAUUGCAGCAGACCAUUGCCAGGACGCCAGCACAAUGAGCGCCGCCUUCCGCCAACUCCUCCGCACCAUCACCCCCAGCGCAGUUCUACGAUACACGCUCGACAGCGUCGGAAUCUGCUGCGCCGUGACGCUGUUCUGGGAGCACUUUUAUACCAUCCAGCAAAGCGAGGGCCCGUCUAUGUACCCAACACUCAAUGUCCGAGGCGACUGGCUGCUUACCUCACGGCGGUAUGAGCACGGCAAAGACAUUCGUGUCGGCGAUGUCGUGCGCUAUCACCACCCAUCGUUCCUUGGUGUUAAUGGCGCGAAACGGGUGCUAGGAUUGCCGGGCGAUUUUGUGUGUAAGGAUCCUGCGUUUAGUACGGAUGUUGGCGCGGAGAAUGAGAUGAUUCAGGUCCCCGAAGGGCAUGUCUUUGUUGUAGGCGAUAAUUUACCCUGGUCGAGAGAUUCGAGAAAUUACGGGCCGCUACCCAUGGGUUUGAUUAAUGGCAAGAUUGUGGCGAGAGUAUGGCCGCCGUCGAAAAUGCAGUGGGUUCAGAAUAGCUUGGAACCGGUUGAUAUACAAGAGUCGGCUUGAACAAAUCGAUUGUACAAAUACACCAAUUGCACGAAUUACUACAGCAUGGAUUGGCGU